CUCCAUUAAUUAUCAUUUGGAAAACAAAAAAACAUAUUCCGUCUCUGAACCUUUUCUCUCUAUCUGGAAAACUCUUUCUCUGAAUCUGAUCGAUUGACUGAGUAAGACAAAUGCAUCACCAAACCCCACCGCUCGACCCUGCCGACCCGCAGCUCCCAACCAUCAAAAUCCACCACCCACCAUCCCCUCGCCACCACUCCUCCGGAGGUCCGGCCGCCACCCCGACUCCCACCGCCGGCGCCCGCCGUAGGAUCGGCGUCGCUGUUGAUCUCUCCGACGAGAGCGCUUACGCUGUUCAGUGGGCCGUCAGCCACUACAUCCGGCCCGGAGACGCUGUUAUUCUCCUCCACGUUAGCCCUACCUCCGUUCUCUUCGGCGCCGAUUGGGGGUCCAUCGACCUCUCGAUCAGCACCAAUGAAUACGACGAUGCUGCUGCCGUUGACAAGUUUCACCAUAACGAAAGAAUCAGCGAGACUGCUACUCCCACGAAACGAAACGCCAAGCAGAAGAAGCUCGAAGAUGAUUUCGACGCCUUCACGGCUUCCAAAGCUGCUGAUCUUGCUAAACCCUUGCGGGAAGCUCAGAUACCGUACAAGAUUCAUAUCGUAAAGGAUCACGAUAUGAAGGAGAGGCUGUGUUUGGAGGUGGAGAGGCUUGGGCUCAGUGCGGUGAUUAUGGGGAGCAGGGGUUUUGGGGCUGUGCGACGUGGUAAUGAUGGAAGGCUUGGGAGUGUUAGUGAUUAUUGUGUGCAUCACUGUGUUUGCCCUGUUGUAGUUGUACGGUAUCCUGAAGAUAGGGAAGAAGGUGGUGAUGUUGCUGGUGGCCAUGGCGGUGGUGCUGUCCUUGCGGUGAAGGACGGGGAAGAAGAAGAGGCUGUGAUCAAGCCUGUGGUGAAGGCCGAGCAUAUAAAAGAUGCUUAGCAGCUUUAACGAACGAUAGAUUUGGUCCUCUCAAGUGCAGUAAGCAUCACGACCAUUUCUCCUAUCUUUUUCUCUUUCUGAGUCAACUGCGAAUAAAUGAACUGGGGUUAGUUGACACAUUGAGAAGUUGAUAAAUUUUUAUUGGGUGAAAUGUUGCAGUAAUGAAAAGCAAAGAACACAGUGCUUGUUCUUUCCCUCGCUUUCAUUCCUUCUAACAGCUUCUCUUGCCUACAAACUUUGGGAGGACCAAGGGUGUGGUGGGUUGGCAGUACUGUUUGAGAUAUUUUCGGAAUUCUGUUUGUCCUUCAUAAGUUUGGGUGACUACUUUGUGUUGCAAUUUCUUUUAAAUGUGAAAAAAUUGCUGUGUUUAUUAUUCAUCUUCUAUGAGUACUUGAUGGACUUUAUA